AUGAAUUCCAGAAAAGCACUCUCAGAAACACGGAGAACAUUUCCUGCUACCAAAGUCCACCACCAGCAGCCAUCACGGAUUCUCAUCGUGGAUGUCACAGCACCUUCCUGGACCAACUCCUGUUCUGUGCUCGCUGAAGCCCUGGAGAACACGCUCUGCCUGGCGUGUGGCCUGGCAGGCCCCUGUCGCGUUCCCCUGCUGAGCCUCUUCGUGGUGCAGAGCCAGCAGGAGUGUCUGCUCCCCUUUACGCAAGUGAAAGAAAAUUUUGCGCGAAUUCAAGCCUGCAUUUCAGAGCUCCGCUCACUACCAAGAGAAGGCUGUUUCCCCCAGGGGGGAAACGGAGUGGUACAAGCUGUGCAGGAUGGAUUGCAGCAGUUCAAACAGUACAGCAGGCACACCGCAGCAGGAGGCUCAACAAAUAGUUCUGUCGAGAUCACGAUUUUGACCAGCCAGCCCAGCAAACAAAUGGUGCAGCAGCUAGAAAAGAAGCUGAAAGAUGUAGACCUUGUGAGCCUGCGAAGAAUACAAGUCGUUGAGGUUUUGAAGAGAGACUUUCUGGAGCCUGAGGCUGUGGAACAGUGCGUGCCAGCAGGAGAGUCCAGCAGCAGCGACGUUGCAAUCCUAGGAAUGGACAUUGAUGUGCAAACCAUAGAGGACAACGUCAUCAGCUUGGAGAUGCUGUUUAAAACGUGGCUCCACGACUAUGGCACCGAGAGAGAGCACCUCCACCUCCUCCUUCCCACAGGAGGCUUCAGCCACGCCGCUGCACCCAAGACCGCCCUAAUGUGCCUGAAGUGUGAUUUGCAGGAGAGAUUGCUCGACCCAGCUCUACUUUCAGGAACGGCUGAUGGCACCACGAGAGCAGCAGAUCUGAAUUCUCCCUGCCAGAUGGCAGCCUGGCCCGCUACAGUGCUGUAUAAACUCCGGGUUGUGAAGGCUCUGAAGUCUGAAGGGGUCUGUGAGUCUGUCCUGUAUGGCCUGCCCUUCAUCAUCAAGCCCACAAGCUGCUGGCAGCUAGACUGGGAUGAACUGGAGAUAAACCAGCACAGCUUCCAUGCUCUGUGUCAUAGUCUUCUGAAAAGGAAGUGGAUGCUUUUGGCCAAACGUGAGCCACAAAACACUAGUCCCAGCUGGAACGUCAUGCUGCAUUCUUACUACGUCCUUGUCCCUUCCGACUCUGCCUCUCUGCUUGUCAAAGCAGUCGCCACCAGAGAGCUCUUGCUGCCGUCGACCUUCCCCGCGCUCCUCACUGAACAUCCUGAGAGGGUGUGUGCCCCGGUGGAGAGUGCCCUGAACAGCUUGGAAGUGGAAGUUGCUUAUAACCCCUUGCACCUAAAAAGUAACCUCUACAAAUACCUGAAGGGUGUGUUGUACAAACCCCUGCACAGGCAGCAGGCCCAGCCCAGGGACCAGCGACCAGAGCGGCAUCAGCCAAAGCAGCAUCAAAGCAGAGCCAAAGCCGCGGUGGCCCCCCUUCUGAUGGCUCCUUCUCCUGUCCAAGUGUCCAGGCCGGCAGCGGUGGGGAGAGGUUCCAGUGAGCGCUCCCUGCUCCCCAAAGAGUACGACGAGUUCCUGCAGUGA